UGGCAAUAAUCGGACAGCGUUUGCUGUAAAAGUCGCAGGUUUGACAGGAACGCAAAUCACAGGUGACAACUCCGAGUAGCACAAUAUGGCUGAACAAGCCUUCUUUAUCGGCAUUCAUUUGUUUAUUGGUUUUGCAAAUUCGUUUUUAAGGAAACCUGGUGAUAGGACAGGCUCAUUUGCACAUAGUUUAUGUUGAACGAAGUUUCCGAUUAACUCCACCAACGGUUCAUCAGGUUAUCAGAAAUUUACUUCACCAUGUAGUUGAGUUUAGCCAGCUAAUUUUAUCCACUCAUUUGUGUGCUGUCUCUUGAAAGCUUACCUCCACAGCCUUUUAAAACGAGAAGUUGAAUGUCCACAAGGGACCACUAGGCUACACCUUCUGCAUUGUUCGCAUAGAAAUCGAAACUAAAAUGAAGCUGUCUCGAAAGGAAUCCUGUGAGAUGACAAUUAAACGAAUGUCAUAGAGCAAUACAAGACGAAACUUAAAGAUCAGACGUGCGCAGCUGGUGACAACAGUCAGAGACAAAAAAUUUAACUGGCUCCUCUAAACAAAAGAAAUGGAUCCACGACAGCAGGAAUCUUCGCAGGGCAAGGAGGCGAAACAACCUUUCAGAAGAAUGAGAAGUCCACCUAGACCCAGAAUAACUGGAUCAUUUAGACCGAGAUUUGGAGGAAGAUUCUUCAGACCGCGAUUCAUAAGGGACGAUCAUUCAUUCCGGAAGCCCCGCUUCAGUUUUGGGUUCCAAAGGUACCACCCUUUCACCCCUCGUCCACGGUUCAACUGGAGGGACCAGUCCGGCCCACCACAAGGCCCCCCGUGCCCUAACAACCAGUACAACGACCAGAGGAACAUGGACAGGAGUGGUCCCGCCAGGGCCUCUACACCUAAAGAACACAGCAGUGCUCUCAGGUCUUCUGCAGGCCCCAGCAGAGAGAAGGAGAAGCAGCCUGUCUCAUUCAUAGUGGCUCAAGAGAAGGAGAGAUCCCACAGCAAAGAAAGAGAGAGGGAUAGAGAGCUCCCCUCCACCAUAAGCAGGGCCACAGCACGAAACAGAGCCAUCCAACAGAAGAGGAGAGAAAUAGAGCAGGUGUACCGUCAGGACUGUGACACGUUUGGCGUGGUGGUGAAGAUGCUGAUAGCCAAGGACCCGUCUCUGGAGCGGCCCAUCCAGCCGUCUCUGAAGGAGAACCUCGGGGAGAUCGGCCUGCGCUGUGUAGAGGCCAUGCAACAGUUCAUAGAGGAGUAUGACACCAGGGAACCAUCACCACAGUGACACACACUCCCCUUUGUCUUAACCUGUGUAAGUGGUGUGCUUGUAUACCAAAUCACAAAGCUCAGAAAUGAAACUCAAUAUUGUAUACGUGCUGAUUGGGUAUGUGACAUUGCCAAUGUUGAAUAGCACUAGUCUAUGUCAUGACUCAUGAGCUGGCCUGUCCUAGUGUCCUUGGUCAGUCAGGCCAAAGUCACUCCUGGUGCUCAGCCUUCUGGAAGCUCUGUCUUGACCAGUGAUCGUGACUGCUACUGAAACUCAAUAAUUUAUGAUGUGUUGUCAACUUUCAAUAUUGCUCUUGACAAUGUGAUGGAAGAUAUAGCUAUUGCCCUUGUGCUUCCUACUGAAGUACAGUUAAUGAAUUCUAAGCCCUGUGACAUAUUGAAAAAUAAAACAAAUACAUGAUAAUUGUACAUAAAUGAGCUAUACUAUGUUGAUAUACAAGGAUGAUUAUAUCUAAUACAGAGGAAGAAUCUAUUUACACACAACUUUUGAAUGUUUUCACUGCAAUAAAAUAAAUCUCUUAAAUGA